UGGGCUCACACUCAGCAGCCAGCCUGUCCGAUCAAUCCUCAAAUCUGCAGGGAACAACAACGUAUUUGAAAUGUGCAGGAGUCAGGACUGCUGUUAACCUGAACUCCUGAGGUGACCUUUUCAAAAACCCAUAAAAGCCCGUGCGUCUUCAUUGGCUGAGAAAAGACUUUUCCAAAGUAAAAAAAACAACAAAAAACUCUGGAGAGUAGAAGUGACUGACUGGUCUGUCCCGCAGCUGUAUCUUCACCGGCAGCAGCAGCAGCGGCGGCUGUGGACACUGGAGUGUCCUCUCUGCAAAACGGAAUGUUGGAGCGUUAGAUGAAGCUGCAGGGGAAUGCACUCGACCAUGGGCUGGCGAGUGUGGUCAAAACGCUGCGGUGCUCAGAAAUGGCUGCUCCUCGCGUGUCCGCUCUUCGUCCUCGUCCUCAUGACGAUCACGCUGCCCUCUCCCUCUCUGCCCGUCGACGUUGACCGCCGCUCGUCCCGCGUCCUCAGCUCUGCCGGAGAGUUCAGAUCCAGGCGCAGGGUCAUGGAGCCUCCUCCAGACACCGACACUGACGUCCGGCGGCACGUCACUCACCUCCACAGGACGCAGUCAGCGUCACCUGCACCCGCCGACAAUAACAGCACGAGGAGAGAGCAGCAGAGAAGUCACACACACGCACACAGACAUAAACACAGAAGCAGAGCAACGGCAGGCGCCAUCCAGAGCCCAGCCCAUCAUCAACGUCCCCGUCUCCCACAGUUUAUAGUCAACAGCACGGGGCCAAAGCAUAGAAUUAGACCAAGCGACCACAGUGCUGUGGUAAAACACACGGCUCAGACUCACACAGCACUAAACCCUGUGCACGAUCAAAUCCUAAUAAGUGACAGACGACCUGCAGGCAGACAGACUGACACAAACAAAAUAAAUGGCAGCCGUACAAGAGUAAAACUAGCCGAACAUCAGCAGACUUUGGCUAAACAGCGGAAACAAGCAGCAAAGCACUCUGGGAAAUCUGAUAAUGUCGUUCAGAAGCAGCGGCCUGUCAGAAAUCCCCCGAGGGAUCUUCUUCUCAGAAAACGCCAGCGUCUCUCUAAAGAUUCACCUGCAGCAAAACCCAGAGAAGCUUUGUCUAAACCUGACAAGACACAUGAGAGCAGCAGGUGUCAGAGCUUUCCUCAUGAUGAUGAUGAUGAUGAUGAUGAUGAUGACCACAGGAGGAUCAGGAUCGAUCCACAUCUCCAGCCUCUUCCCUGGCUCAGUGAUGAUGACAUCGAGAAGAUGGAGCUCCUCGCCGGGGGCGAAGUGGUCAGUAAGGCCAGAGUGCCCGCACAUGGACAGGUUCUCCAAGUGGCACUGGGACCUCCCUCACACCAGCAGCAUUCACCACCCAUGAGAGAUUCAGAAACUCACGAUGAAUUCUGUCAGAGGGGGCGCUGUGCCCUGAUCAAACGCACCGACGACUGGUUUGAGGUUUUUUCCUUCCACCUGGACAGAGUUCUGGGACUGAACAGAAGUCUGCCUGCAGUGCUGAGGACUCUCCGCAGUGACGUCCUUCCAUAUCGCUACAUCAGUGGAACCCCGAGGCCUGUAGUGUGGUGGGACCCGGACAUCCAGCACCUCACCGACACGGACAAUGACCAGAACUCGGUGCCGCUCUGCUGGGUUCAGUACCAGCAACAGCUGCAGGUCCGGUGUGGAAGUGAAAGAGACCUGACGUUAGCGCCGUGUGUUGGAAUCCACCACUCAGAGUGGGGAAGACUGGCCCUCUUCGACUUCUUAUUACAGGUCAACGACCGGCUGGACAGAUACUGCUGCGGUUUCACACCUGAUCCAACAGAAAUGUGUGUGGAGAACCUGCUGCACACCAAGUGUCACAACAGCAAACAGCUGCUGCUCGUUCACAUCCUGGUGAGGAAGGCUGAUCCCUCCAGACUGGUGUUCAUAGAUAACUCCGGCAGACCACAGCAGUCUGCUGACAACCUCAACUUCAGACUGGUUCAAGGCAUCAAUGAGUUUCCAGAGAAAGCCGUGUCAGUGCUUCAGUCCGGCUGUCUCGAGAGUCUUCUCCUGCGCUCCCUGUACGCGGACAGGGAAUUCUGGGACAGCCAAGGCGGAGUCAGUGGCCUCAGGCCUCUCAUCCGUAUGGUGGCGCAAAGAGGGAAGAUCCUCCUGCAGCACAUCAGGGACAGAAAUCUGCAGCUCAAGAGAGACCUGUGACUGAAAUGAGCUGAGCUCGUUCCUUCACUGUCCUCAUUCAGGGGCACAAACACAGGAAUUAGCAAGCGCUCUUCUUUAAUUGUGUCGUAACGCUUUACUUCAAUAUUGCAAAUCGCACAUCCAUAGUCUUAGAAACAUGGGGACCUCUGUAAAGCAAGGCCCUUUCCUUAAGUGCACGUGAAAGGAUCAUUCUAAGGUGUCCAAAGCAGAAAGAUUUGAAUUUUAAACUGUUUGCACACUUAUACAAACUGGCUGCACGCGCACAUUAUUCACUGUCAUAAAUGUGUUAAAGCAUGUCGAUCAUGCUGCACAUCGAGAAACUAAGAUUCUGCUGUGAAAAGAAAUAUUUAAAACUGUAGCGUGUACCUUUAAAAUAUAAAGGGAACAUUCACACAAUAUUGAUCAGCUCCGCUCGAGAAGUAGUGAUUUGUUUUAAGUCAAGAAAGACGAAGGCAACAGCAAAAGAAAUGAAAGUAAGACGAGUCAAUGUAAAGAAAUUCUAAGAUAUAAAUCCUUAAAGUCAGUUUGAGCAAGUUAAGGCUCAGUUUAAGUAAAUGACCUUGAAUUUCUUUGCUCGUGAUCAAUUAAAUUUCUUUUUACCUUAUUUUAAGGAGCAUUACUUGAUUUACACGCUAGUUUUGAAUAUUCAACCCAAGCAAACUUUGCUCACUCCAUUUUUCAGAUGAAGGCUGCAGCAUAUAAAUAAUAUCACAUCCUUCGUGUUUACAAGGCCUAAAUAGAGGCCGAAUAAUAACGUCAGCACCGGCACAAACGCUGUGCAGCCUAAACCUGAAAGACAUGUCAGUGAUGUUAUUCUGCUGAUCUGCCAUAAAUGGAAAUACACACAGACGCUCGUGUCCAUCUCAUUACGUGAAACGUGCAGCUCGUUCUGUCGCUCAGUGAAAUCUCACAGGAUGGAAACGCAAAGACAAAUUAUUCUCCCACUCAGCGUCGGCAUCCUCUGCAGCCCGCGCUGAUUCAUUUAGAAAGGGAAGAUUUCUCGAUGUCACUAAUUCACCGAGAGCUAACGGCAGAUUCAUUUGGGCUGAUUUUGGAGCCGCCUGUUGUGUGAGAUAAGCUUUUGCUGCUUUUAAUCAAGGAAUUAAAAAAAACAUCUGUCAGCAUACAGCUUCUAGGCCCAGAUCCAGACCCAGAUGUUUUUUUGUUUUUUUUUGUCAGAGUGGGACUUUUGUUGAGUAACAGUGACACAGAAAAGGCAAACAAUGAAAGGAUUUCUGAAAGCUCAAGUGUCAACUGCACAUUUCUCCUUAAUUGGGUUUGAAUGAAAAGCACAUGGUAUUGUUUUGAAGCCGCUCUCUGCGUCACCUAAAUUAUCCUGACACUCCGUCGCUAAUGGAUUACUGACAGUUCCAGUGACUCCCUCUUUCAUCUCUGAAUAAAUGGCUCUAAUGAGAAA